AUUCAGAUCCGUUUUUCUCACAAAAAUAUCCACACUGAUAUUUUCGCAAACAAAAUUUCACGCACAAAUGUGUAUUAAAUAUUCCUAGUUUAAAAAUAUCGCGCGUUCGCCGCUUUGCAACCUAUCCUCUCUCCUCUUUUCACCUAACAGCCUAUCUCUGUAUUCUCUGCUUUGCACGCUUUUAUUACGAAUUUGCAUUAUAAUACGCAGCAAGCAUGUCUUCAGUGGAAAAUGAACCUAUGGACUAUUUAAAGAAGACGGGAGUUCUUCCUCGGCUCGUGAAUAUUUUGAAGCAAGUAAUAAAGAUCAAACCGCAGCCAGUGGAUCCUCUUAUGUACAUUCUUCAUCAGCUGGACUGCCCUAUAAUUCCCCAGGCCCAAAUGAAGGCGCUGGAGCGUAAAGUGACGCGUGCCCACGACGAAUUGCGCUACUUGCGAGACCUUCUGAUCAUUAUGGGGGCGAACGACGAGCUCUAUAGCAGCGAGACCGACGAAGAGGAGUAUGUCGGAUGCGUCGAGGGUCAGGUUUCUGACCCAAAAGACUUGAAAGAUUACGGUUAUGUCUGUAAGGAAGACACUGGCGAUGAAACUCCAGAUGAGAACGAGACCGAAGCAAGUUCGUUCGAGUCGACGCAAACGCUGAAGCAUUACAUUGUUCAGGCCGCUGUGGCGAUAACUCCUGUCGAUCAGGAUGCACCGGCUGGAUCGUACGAGCAGCCCUGCUCCAGCAGUUCCAUCUGCAACUUGUAAAAGUAGUUGUUCAAACUAAUAAUUAUGUACACGUACAUAUACUCGCAUGUUUCAAUGCAUGUGCUUUGUUCCAUUUUAUAUUUUUUCCACCGUGUUUAAUGAAUGCAGAAAUAAACUCAACGCAUGGGCGUUGCAUCUAUAGCAGUAGA